ACUAAAGUGUCAGUAAACCGAAGAGGAAAUACUGAAUUGAACUGGUACACCCUCUGCUGCUCACAAGACUGCGGCAUGUGAUAUCGAUUAGAGAAAAACACACGGGACAAAAUAGCCCUGUUUCAACUCUUGAUAGACUGCCAGAGAUGCAGGGAAAGAUGGAUUCAAUAUUUGAGUUAUAUGUUGAGUGAAUGCCUCGACGUCGAUAUCGAUAUGCUGAUAGAGGUAACUGUGGUGCUUUGGGUUUUGGAGUGAUGGUUUUCGCUUGAUGUGAUGACCAAACAGGGAGGCAUUCUGGUCAGUGGUCAUUCUACAAAAGAAGAAACAUGUAAGUGAUGGUAGACGUCCUGCUGGAUGAAGUUUCCAAGAAAUACAGAUACAGGAGUAGAGAAUAUAGAUGUCUCAACCAUCAAAAGAAGAGAAAGCAGUUGUAAACAAUUAGUUAGAUUUCCACCCUGGAUGCAAUCCUCUCUGCAACAGGCGGACUAAACAUGGUGCAUGUCUACAACUGCCAUCCUUUCUCCUCACAGCAGAUAGUACAGGUGGAGCAGGAGCCUGGACUGGUCUGCUGUGGAGGUGGAGCCCUGUUCGUGGUGGCUACUGGAGGAUGCAAGGUGGAUGCCUACAGUGUGGAGAAGGAGGGAUGCCCUCUCAUCUGUCGCUUUGCCACCAUGGGCACUGUGAAGAGCAUCCAGCACAGCAAGAUAGGAGAUUACCUGGUGACCAUUGAGGAAAAAAACAGCGCCAUCUACCUGAGAGCCUACACCAACUGGCGCUACCAGGCGGAGGAGAAGGCCCGUGUCGGGGUGCGUUUGUUGGGCCACCUGCUGCGUGGGGCGUCUAUGCGGGGUGGAGUGCAGAUGGAGAUCAUUGAGAUGCCUCUCUCAGAGCGACCUGUUGCUGUUGCGUGUUGCUCUGUAACAGGAGACCUUCUGGUCGGCUGCGAGAACACUCUGAUUCUGUUUACUUUGAGGAGACAGAACCAGCAAAGCCUGAAUCAGCAGAACCUUCCGAGCAUGGGGCCGAACACUCAGCAGACCUCCAGUCAGAGUCAAGGUCAGACCUCAAUUUCGAACCAGAAUCUUUCUAUCCUGGAUUUUGAACGCUCAGUUAUCCUGCAUCUUCCAAAAAUCAAACCGAAACAGGUGGCGCUGUGUGGAGGAUAUGUGGCAGUGCGGGGAGAGCUGGAGGUGCUCGUACUGAAACUGGAUGCAUCAUCUGAACCUAAAACUCUGGAAGAAUCGGACACAAAUAAUGAAGAUCAUCUAGAAGAUCAGUCUGACUUUCUGUUCCUCCCGAGACACCAAGAGUUGCUCGGUGAUCGAGCUAAAGACUGUAACAUCCUUGUCAGCAUUGAAAAGACCGGACUGGAGGACAGAGGACAGUACACACUGUCAUACGUUCUCUUCAGGCGUUUUACUCCAGAUUUCUCCCAGGGCUGCAGUGUGCAGGAGACUCAACUCCACUCCCUACAGCUCUACCCUCUGUUCACUAGUAAACAGUCAGUUUCUCUGGAAGAACCAGCAUGUGUGUUCUGCUUCUUCUCUCUCCCCACUGUCGGCUACCUGUACAGUCUGAAGGGUGGUGUCGAGCUUCUCUCAGCCUACCAGUAUCCAGAGAAGGUCCUGGAGGCGGUGCUGACAGACCACCUGUUGCAUGUCAUCACAAAGAGUGCAUUGCAGUGUUUCACUGUGCGCUGUGCAGCAGUAGCAGCCAGGAUUGAAGACCCCUACAUCGAUACCACCAUGAAGGCCUGCCCGCCCUGCAGCCUGGAGGUAUGUGCGCUCAGGAUGCAGUUGUUUAUUGGUCUGCGGUCAGUGUGCGUCUACGGCCGCCAUGUUGUCCUGCUCUCCACCGCUGACACAGAGACACCAGAGGAGACCGAACGCAACACACACCGCAGAGGCCUCGAGUUGAAAGAACACACCAUGCUGACUGGUAUUUUCCUGGCGGUGGGAAUCGAUCCCGCAACCACCCCAGCUCUGGAGAGCCUUCUAUCACGCCCCUUCCUGAGCAGGAAAUGGACAAUCUCUUCUGUCAGAGAAACCAGUUCAACAGGACAUGGAUGGAACAUCUAUGUGGUCGACACCGUCUCCCCCCUCGCUCUUUACCAAGAGAUGGUUGAAUACAGCCAGCGGUAUGCAGAGACCAACCCACAAGGCCAAAGCCUUCGUCACCUCCUCAGUGAAGCUCACCUCCUCCUCCGUGCCUCCUUACUCCGAACAUCAGAGCAAGAGAACACUGAGGACGACCCUGACGUUUCUCUGCAGACAAAUGCGGACAAACCGGCUGAGAAACAGACAGCUGCACAGACAGACAGUCAAGAACUGGAGGAGGCACUCAGGCAGAACUGUGCACAGCUGGGAGAUAGUUUCAGCAGGGGCAGUCAGAAGGACUGCCACCUGGCUUUGCCGUACUACAGAAUGUCGGGUCUGUCAGUCACAGAGGUCAUGGCCAGGAACCACCCUCUUCCCAGCAGCCCUCACUCUUACGGCCCCGGCUUCCUGUUUUACCUGGUGCAUUACCUUUUAGAAGAAACGGAGCAGAGCCUCAGUCAGGAAGCAGCUGAUCAGGUCAUAGACAUUUUUAGCCAAUCAGAGCCCUCGCAGCUUGUCAGUGUGUGUGCCAGCCCGUCCAUGAUUAACCUAAGUCCUGCCCGGACGCUGCGAAUCUUACAACAUCUGGAGGACACAGCUGGUGUAUCGGUUCCACUGACAAUCACUAUGGCAACUAUGAUGCUGCUUUUGGACGACCUGCCACAGUACACACAGCUGAUGGAAAGACAUGCUGAGAUGCUGCUGGUGUACGGGUUCAUCGAGGAGUCGAAGCUGUUGCUGCAUGGUGGAGGUGGAGGCCAGCACACACACAUCCGUCCCACAGCACUGACUCGCCAGAUGGCAAAGUCCCAACCAGGACUGCUGGUCGCUGCCAUGGUGGCUUUACAUGAAAACAACAAAGUUCAGCUGGAACAGGCUGAUUACAUAUUCAAGGAACUGGGCUAUGAGAAUUGCUUACUGGUGGAUUUCUGGGAGGCGAUGCUCAUGGCCUCCUCACAGGAAGCUGUCAUCCAGGAACUUCUGUUCCGACUGACGUCUGUCUACAUCGACCGGCUGAUGAACACAAACUCAGAUCCACACCCCAACCUUCAACAUACAACUUCAAGACGCAGGUCGCUGAAGAGCGCUGAGGACCUGAUCAACUCGUGCUCCCAUUACGGUGCUCUGUACCCAUGGCUUACAGUUCUCAGUCCAGUUCACACUACCAGUUUCCAACACCAGGAGGCGCUUCAUAAACUGCAGUCUCUCCUGUGUGGUCCGUCCCUGUCUGUGGGCUCCAUCCUGCCUCUGAUGGAGCGUCUGUCUGAGGAAACCUUAUGGGGCUUCAGCCUGCACCUCCUCUGUGCCACCAGAAGCGGGCAGUACGACAGCAGCAUUGAAAAGCUGCUGGACCGAUGUCCUCAGGCCAUCAUAGCCUACGCCAAUCAUCAGUUACAAGACAAAAAUAUGGUAUUAUGGUGGCAGAAGCUGCUCCCAGAGCUUUGUAAUAGGACGAGAGCUGCCGCAGACAACAGCAUCCUAUUGGCUGCUCUCAAAGAGACGCUGAUUGUGGUUGCAACAGAGACGAGCCCUGCAGAGUUCUUGGAACUGAUACCUGACGAUGGUACCGCCGCAUAUUUCCUGCCUCACCUGUUGACAUGUACCCAGAGACACCUGCUGGCCUGACGCACACACGCGCGCAGUGUAUACUUGAAUAGACAAAGACAAACGUGUUAGUCUUCUGUCCAAACUGAUUUAUACAACAAAUGCAAUCUUCUGUUGGCAUUUGAACUGUGGCAUCGGAGCAGUUGGCGGUUCAGUAAUUUGUUCAAAGGACACUCAACAAUAGGGUUUGAGGAUGAUUCAACCUUGCAACAUUCAAAACAUAAUCCUGAUUCUAAAAUCUCUAAGCUAUGACUAGCACUUUGUUUGUCCUCCGACAAUCAUGUACAGGUUUAGCAUGUUAUAUGAUGGCACUAUACUCUACCCACUUUUGAGUAGUAAGCAAUUAAACUGAACAUUUAGGCAGUCACUCUGUGGAUGUAUUCUCUGUUUUUUAGCUGAUAAAGAGUUCAGUACAAGUUCAUGUUCCUGGGAGCCACACAGUCCAGCCUAUAUAUCCAAUAUGCUUCUUUUUUUCCUGAAUUUGUAGUGUGUUGUUUGUACCUGGAAAUUGCUUUGCAUUUCUUUGUUUGCCAUUCAUAAUGUAAUGUGCAAACAUUUUUAAAUAUGUUAAAAAUAAGUUAUAUAACCUAUCAGUAUCUCUUGCUGCCACAGCUGCAGAGACAUUUCUAAAUGUGGUCCAUACUGAAUGUGGUGAUUAAAAAAGUUUAGCUACUAUGAGAAAUUAUUUUUAUUUAUUUAAAUUUUUGGUACUAAAACCCGGAAGUCAGUUUACACAGCACUUUAGAGCUGUUGAGUUCAUAUCCCGAUAUCUACCCUCAAUAUUGUUUGAUUCAAAGUAUGCAAAUGUCUGUAGUUAAAGAAAAGAAACAAACUUCAGAGAUUCAUGUUCUACUCUACUUCACACAAGUAAUUAAAGACAUAAUUUCAGAGCUGCUGAAUGUAAAAAGAAUCACAAUCCGCUUGAUUGGCCAAGUUUGCAUCCACAUCAAAGGAAUGUGGCAGAGUUUUUUCAUUUCUCUCAGUGUGCUUACACAAUAAUGGACAUAAAAUCAAAGAACAAGGACAUCAAAGCUUAACAAAUGAGGGUAAUGAAUAGACAGGACUAUACACAUGCACUGAGGGGAAAAGUUUUAUAUAUAAAUAUAUUUUUAUAAACCACCAAUGACCAAGAUUUUAAUGUAUCAGCAGUUAUUCAACAUAAAUAUCUCAAUAAAUACCAGUCAGCCUUUC